AUGGCUGCCUUUGUGGACAAUUCCUUGCUUGAUGUACGUGGAAGAAAUUCGAUGGCUACUACGCUCAAUAUACAUACAAAGUCACACACCGUUCGCGGUAGACCCACACUAAGACUUGUGGAGCGUUUUGGGAAUGGUUCGGUCCGCGAACUUUACGAGAGAUCAAUUUACGAGCGAUCCUUUACGAGUGAACCUUCUAUCGAGAAAUAUCAAGCGAAACCUGCUAUAUCAAAUGAGCUAUCUCAUAUUAUGUUUACAUGUAAACACAAUCGUGUAUUUAGACGUGAUCGAGAACCCAGUAGAAUACCAGAAGCUACCCUGAAACGUCUCAGAAGAAAGGGCAGAAAACCGAGGGAAUUUGUUUAUGAGUGUUUUCGUCCAAGCAUACCGAAGUCCUCUUGGCUACGUCGUUAUGUGAAGGUUAGAAGAGUUACAAAGAAUGUUAGUAGGCUUCAUACGAAGAGGGUAAUAUUAAAUGAAGUUUCACGACAUGAGAAGUAGUAUUUGUUGAAUUGUUCUGUGAGGGUAUAUCAAAGGAUAAUUAAGUUGAAGCAUAGAGCAAGUCGGUAUUUAUCAAUGUUUCUUGUAAUAGACCCAUGUGUCUUUAUAAGAGUCAGACACACGUAUCAAACUAUGGUAAAUUUUAACUGAGUUCAGAUAUAGAGAAAAACCCCUGCACCAUAGAGCCAAGCUAAUGAGUUGGUAUUUAGACAAAAUUCAGGACAACAAUGUGUUGCAAUGACUUUAUGCUCUUUGAUUUACAGUAACAAACAAGGAAUCAAUUCUGCUAAUGAUCUCGUGUCAAUAAUGAAUAUUGGAGCAAGUUGGUAUUUAUCAAUGUUUCUUGUAAUAGACCCAUGUGUCUUUAUAAGAGUCAGACACACGUAUCAAACUAUUGCAAAUUUCAACUGAGUUCAGAUAUAGAGAAAAACCCCUGCGCCAUUCAGCCAAGCUAA